AUGACAAAUGAGGAGAAAAAGGUCUUAAGAGAACGUUGGAAUGAUAUGACAAGUUUCAUGAAUGAAACAGUUAAAGAGAAAUGGUGGGAUAAAAUUAUACAACAAUAUUCUAAUAGACCAUUCUAUAACUUAUCUCAUCUUCAUAAUAUGCUUCAACUUUUUGAUCAACAUAAAGAUAGAUUACAUGAUCGUUAUGCUGUUGCAUUUGCAAUAUUUUUUAAACAUCUUGAAUAUGAUAGUAAAUCAACAGAAUCUGCAAAAGCUUCCGCUGAUGAAUUUAAAAAAUUUUCUCCAGAAAAGUAUGACAUAUAUAAGUCACAACUUCGUCAAGAAUAUUCAUAUUUAAGUGAUGAUCAAUACAAGAAGGAACGAUUAAAGGUCUUGAAAUUAUUUUUGCAAAUACCAAAUAUUUUUGCAACCAAAGAAUUUAGAGAUAAAUAUGAAGAAAAAGCAAGAAAAAAUAUAUCUGAAGAAAUUAAAUCAAUAGGAGAAUGA